GCGUCACCGCCCAUCGGCGCGGCGCGCGCAGUCGGCGGCGGCCAUGGCUCCGAGCGCGCAGGCGGGGGGCGGCGGCGGCGGGCAGGCCCCGGGCCCGGGGCUCCGGCGGGGGAUUCGCGCCGUCCUGCUGGGGCCGCCCGGCGCCGGCAAGGGCACGCAGGCUCCGAAGCUGGCCGAGACCUACUGCGUCUGCCAUCUGGCAACCGGGGACAUGCUGCGGGCCAUGGUGGCCUCGGGGUCGGAGCUGGGCAAGAGGCUGAAAGAGACGAUGGACGCGGGGAAGCUGGUGAGCGACGAGAUGGUGGUGGAGCUGAUAGAGAACAACCUUGACUCCCCUCCCUGCAAGAACGGCUUCCUCCUGGAUGGCUUCCCACGCACAGUGAAGCAGGCCGAAAUGCUGGAUGAGCUCCUGGAGAAGAGGAGAGAGAAGCUGGAUUCUGUCAUUGAGUUCAGCAUCCCCGACUCCUUGCUUAUCCGAAGAAUCACUGGACGGCUGAUUCACCCAGCAAGUGGCCGCUCUUAUCACGAGGAGUUCAGACCCCCGAAAGAGCCCAUGAAGGACGAUGUCACUGGAGAGCCCCUGAUCCGCCGUUCAGACGAUAACGAAACAGCUUUGAAAACCCGGCUGAAGGCCUAUCACACACAGACCUCUCCUCUGGUCUCCUACUACAGCAAGCGAGGGAUCCAUACGGCGGUGGAUGCCUCCCAGUCUCCCGACGUGGUGUUUGCUAGCAUCCUGGCAGCCUUCUCGAGAGCAACAUCUGAGUGACUCCGUGAACCAGAUGAGAGACCACCAAACGCUGCACACUCUGCUACGUCACCCGUUGCAGCCCUCCCCUGGGUGCAGGGGAGGCAGGGAGGGCAGCCGGGAGGGGGGUAUGAUUGAUGGGAGGGGUAUAAGGAGGUGGUAGACAAGGGGCUUGGGGGCUGAUUUGGUUGGGUUUUGUUUGGAUUUCUUAUUCAGCAGAAUCAUUGUGAAGAGGAGAUGGCCUUCUCCUUAGAAAUCACAGUUUUGGGAGGCAAAACAAUUGUACAGAGUGAAAUACCUGCGCUAGUGAUCAGAUGCAGGUCCUUGACCUGUUAGGAGGGUAGGGCUAGAUGCCGUUCCAGGCUUCUCCAGGACUUUCGGGGCUUGUCUCAUGGGCUGUCAGUACUCUGAGGCCACUGCAAGGUUUGCUGUGAUUUUUCUAAAGUUUGCUUCCUGUCUGCGAGGACCAAAAUGAACAAAUGACUCAUCAUGUCCGAAAUGGAAAGGAAAAAAAAGAUGCCAUGGUCUUUUCCUGGAAGUUUUGUUUUUCUUGUUCUGCUGCAUUCCUAAACCUGGGCAUAGAGACUUCUCAAGGUUUCUCUGCUGCUGAACAGAGGGGCUGCGGCUCUAGUCCAAGCCUGCCUUACUUGGCAAUGGGGUGGCUUUUCUGUGAUCUCGACCAAGCUGGAAUUUACACAAUUCUGAAGAAAUGCAAAAGAGACUUUCUUAAUUGACUGCAAAAAUAACACUUAAUUGGGUUUUUUUGCAUUUCUUUUUAGAUCAAAUGGUGCCUUGUCUAACCUCUGAAUCAAUAAUAAAAUAACCCCUUUACAUUUUGUA